AUGGGAAGACGAGGGCUAUUGCUUCGAACUACCUCUGAACAGCCAUGGAUGGUGCGUGGGGGAGGGCUUGGGGGAAAGGUCGGGCUGGCAGGGAUAGGAGAGGAAGAUCAUCGAGAAGGGGGUAUUGGAGAUGAUGGGGAGGAUGGAGAGGAUGGGCAUGGGGAAUUCAGGUAUGGGGAGGAUGGGUAUGGGGAAUUCAGGCAUGGGGAGGAUGGGAGGGAUGGGGAAGAUGGGAGGGAUGGGGAAGAUGGGAGGGAUGGGGAAGAUGGGAGGGAUGGGGAAGAUGGGAGGGAUGGGGAAGAUGGGAGGGAUGGGUCAGGCAGUGUGGGAGGCGUUACAAAGCAAGGGAAUCGAAGAAGGUGGAAGGGCUUGUGGAGGGCUCUGGGCCUGAUUCGAGGAGGGGAAAGAGGAGGGGAAGGGCAAGAAAAGGCGCAGGGAAGAAGUGCAAGGGAUGGGAGGGCAGGUGAUAAAGAGGAGGGGCGCAGCAGGAGAGUGCUGGGGGUUGGAGAUGAGCAGGGGAGCGCAGUUGGAAGAAACUGUGGUGCGGACAGGCAAGUUCCAUCAGACUCAGAUCCCAUGCAGUGCAUGAGCAGUAUUGCUGUCACCGGUGGGGGCAGGGAGCAGCAGAUGGCAGCAGCAGAGGUGCGGAGCAUUAGUCUAGACGUGCUCGUGAGUGAUGACAGUGCAGAGCAGCAGGCAGGUGCUGCGGCUGGUGAAGCAGCAGGAGAAGCAGCAGAGAAAGCAGCAGGGGAGGCAGCAGGGGAGGCAGCAGGGGAGCCAGCAGGGUAG